CCGCGCGGUAGAAGCAAUACAAGAUGGCCGUCACUACAGAAGGAUUUCCGUAAAAAAUCUAUACAUUCACAUUCUUACGCAACCGUUUGUCUCAAUCAUUACAAAAGUGCAACAUAGUUUUAAAUCGGGUGUCUUCAUAACUCUUGGUCGUGUAUGCGUUAAUGAGCUAACAUGGGAAUGUGAAGAUAAAAAUAUGUUAGAUUCGGUACACGGAAAAAUACAAGAAUGAAGCCUUUAAAAACCAGGCUGGGAUUUAUCGUCUUUCAAUGCAAAUAUGCAGUUUUAAGAUACUGUAGACAAGCUGUGUUUGAGAGGCCAUAUAAUGGACGGUUUGCUAGUCAGGCUGCGUUCCCUGCAAGGAGAAACAACCCAAAGAAUCACUACGAUGUGAUGAAACUACUACCAACCGCAACACAAAGGGAGAUCAAGUCUGCUUACUACGAGUUGUCUAGGAUAUACCAUCCUGAUCUCAAUAGCAGCGCUGAAGCAAGAGAGAGGUUUGCUGAGCUCACCCUGGCAUACAAUACUCUAAGUAGAUUAGAGACCAGAAGAGAAUAUGACAAACAAAUAGGCACCUACUACAUGACCAGAUCCUUGACCAGGAAGAGUGAAGGGGAGAGGGUACUUCGCCUAAUGGAUGACCUUGUAGAGAUUGACGCAACUGGAAUAGAGCAGACCAGCUCAUUUUUGGGUGCUGGUAUACCCCUGAACACCAUUCUUGGACUCCCAGUCAGGCUAAACAACAUCCAUGGGCCUAAGGCUUCAUAUGGGUUGCAACCACAUGAUGUCCGCAUGCUGCAUCUACUGCGGCAGAUAUGUAGUGGAACACUGGUGGCUAGUAAAGGCUCAUCUACUGUGACCUUUUUGCCUGGAGAUCUACAGGCUGGAAUAUUUAGUUCUGAAGGUGGAAAUGCAGGGUAUGUUUUUGUAUUUCUAUUUGUUUUUUAUGUAGUUCAGUUUUGCAGCCAACCUUGUAAAGAAUUAGGGGACCUUGGACAGAUGUGUCGUAUCCCUCAGAUGUGCUCUCCCCAUUUAGUUGCUCUCUAUUUUUUUAAAUUUCUUACUCCAGAAGUGUCAGUCUCUUGGCGGAGAGUGCUCUCCCUUGCCUGGCAUUGGCACCAGAACCAGUUUAUUCCAGGAACAACAUACUCAACCUUAAGGGCAUCACUCAUUUAGCUAAUGGCCUUCAUAUGGAUUUCUUUGACAAGGUGUACAGGCCUAUAGUUGAAAAGUUUGGAUUCCAUUUCAGUAUUGAGAUAAAAAGGAGGUCCUAUUUUCCCCAAUCUAGUGGAAAAGUUGUGAUCAGGUCCUUUCCAGUGACCAAUCUGAAAGCAGUGGAUCUUACAACUCCAGGAAGACUGGUGAAAAUAACAGGAUGGACUUCUGUUGCAGGAGCAAAGCCUAUAAGGAUAGCACAAGUCAUGUCAAAAUUGACCAGGUCAGCUCUAAAAGAUAGAUUUCCAGGUGUUGACAUCUACGUAGAGUCCCUAAGAGAACGAGAUAGCCGAGUCGAUGGAACAGGACAAGCAGUCAUGAUUCUUGGAGAGACAUCUUCAGGGAUGAUGUUAUCAGGGACUGCAUUAUGGAGAAGAGGGAUGUCCCAUGAGGAAGUUGUGCAGAAAGCUGUCAACAUGUUUACUCAGAAUUCAAGUCACAGCAUUUGUGUUGAUAGUCUGGUGCAAGAUAAGUUGCUUCCUUAUAUGGCCCUUGCCAAAGGUCAAUCAUCCAUACGAACAUCACUCAUCACACCCCAUACCAAGGCUGCUAUAGCUGGUCUGGAGGCGAUGUCAAAGGUAAAAUUUCAAGUUACUUCAGAUGUUAUUGGAGGUUCAAAAACUAUGGUUAUCAGCUGUAAUGGUUUAGGAAUCACCAGAUAACACUACCUCAGGUCUUUCAUGUCUAUGAGCCGGCUAAAAAUGGCACUAAGUACUGAAUGUUUACCAGUUAUUUUCGUUAUUGUGUAGAAAGAAAAACACCCUUAUUUUGUACAUUAGAGAUGGUAUUGUAAUAUCAUAUGUUUCUAAUAUUCCAAUAUCAUUUGAGAUGGUAUUGGAAUAUCAGAAACAUGAGGUCAGGGUACUUUUAGCAAAAAUGGAUUGUAAUUAAAUACAGUAAAAUACAUUUAGUUUGUUCAUGCCAUUAACAAGUGUAUAUUUCUACAGAUAGUGAUCAUUUCAGUUCCCAUAUUACAGUAACCAAGAAGUGUAGUUCUCCUUUUUCACAAGUUCUGUCACUAAGAUGCUUUCACGUUUGUCACAUGAUUCCCUCUACUAGUUGUCUCACCAUGGUUUCAAUCUGCUGGUUGUCCAUGAACUCUGAGUUUGA